CCCCGCGCCGGAGGCCCCGAGGAUGGGCGAUGGGCCGGUGAGCGCCGGCGCGGCGGCACAGCAUGGAGCCCUCCCUGCCCGCCCCGUGGGCCUGGAACGGCUCUAGGGCGGCGCGGGCGCUGCAGCCCUCCCCGGGCCCCAUGCCCCCCAACGGCACGGCCGACGGCAAGCCCAAGGACGUGGCCUCCAAGUCGGUGGGGCUCUUCUUCAUGCUGCUCAUCGACCUGACGGCCAUCGUGGGCAACGCCGCCGUCAUGACCGUCAUCGUGAAGACGCCGGCGCUGCGCAAGUUCGUCUUCGUCUUCCACCUCUGCCUGGUGGACUUCCUGGCCGCCCUCACGCUCAUGCCGCUGGAGAUGCUCUCCGGCUCGUCCAUCUUCGACAGCCCGGUUUUCGGCGAGGCCAUGUGCCGCGUCUACCUGUUCCUCAGCGUCUGCUUCAUCAGCAUGUGCAUCCUCUCCAUCUCCACCAUCAACGUGGAGCGCUACUACUACGUGGUGCACCCCAUGCGCUACGAGGUGCGGAUGACGGUGGGGCUGGUGGCCUGCGUGCUGGUGGGCGUCUGGCUCAAGGCCGUGGCCACCUCCCUCGUCCCCGUGCUGGGCUGGCUGUCCCCCGACCGCCCGCCAGCGCCUGCCGGCCGCGGCUGCUCCUUGCAAUGGAGCCGCGGCCCCUACUGCAAGUUCUUCGUGGUCUUCUUCGCCGCCUUCUACUUCCUCCUGCCCCUCCUCAUCAUCGUGGUGGUCUACUGCAGCAUGUUCAAGGUGGCGCGGGUGGCUGCCAUGCACCACGGCCCCCUGCCCACCUGGAUGGAGACGCCGCGGCGGCGCUCCGAGUCGCUCAGCAGCCGCUCCACCAUGGUGACCACCUCGGGGGCCCCCCGCACCACCCCGCAGAGGACGUUCGGGGGGGGCAAGGCGGCUGCCAUCCUGCUGGCCGUGGGGGGCCAGUUCCUCUUCUGCUGGCUGCCCUACUUCUCCUUCCACCUCUACACGGCCCUGAGCGCCCAGCCCUUGGCGGGGCCGGCGGCCGAGACCGUGGUCACCUGGCUGGGCUACUUCUGCUUUACCUCCAACCCCUUCUUCUACGGGUGCCUCAACCGGCAGAUCCGCGGCGAGCUGGGCCGGCUCCUCACCUGCUUCUUCAAGCAGCCGCCCGAGGAGGACCUGCGGCUGCCCAGCCGCGAGGGCUCCAUCGAGGAGAACUUCCUGCAGUUCCUCCAGGGCACCGGCUGCCCCGCCGAGCCCCGGCCCCGCCUCGACACCCCCAGCCCCAAGCGGGACCAGCCCCCCGUUGACUUCCGCAUCCCGGGACAGGUCGGCGAGGACGGGGCCGAGGGGCCGGAGCGGCGCGGCGACGGGGUCCACGUGCCGGCGGCCGCCCCUCUCGACCCGGAGCUGUAG